AAAAGCUUGGUAGCAGCUUGAAUCGCAUUCGGGAACAUAACGUCGUUAUAAAUGGAUUAUCAUUUGAUCCUCUAGUACACAUUGUUUGAAGAAUGUGAAAAGAAUUAUUCAUCACGAGUGUUCAGUUGUGUAAGCAAUUCUUUGUAUGUAUUGCAUUGAUAAAACAAAUGACGAAAAAUGAAAAAAUAAAUGUUCAUUUAAUAAUCGACAAAAAAAGUAACGAUACAGUGAAAUUUUAUAGCAACGUGCAUCCAAUAAUAUAUUGAUCGCUAAGUCAUAUUCAAAGUUUAAAAUUAGUUUUAAACCUGUAAGAAGAAUGAAACGUAUCCACGUGUAGAAAAAAGAGAUAAUUCCAAAAGAACAUUCUUCGAUCGAAGAAAUAUAAUAAAGGAUUUUUAAUAGUGCAACAAAAGUUUAAUUAUACAAAGAACAGUUUGAUCAAUUGUAUUGUCGUCUUACAAAAAGAAAAAUGACACUCUUCCGGAAGUACAAUGAAAAAAUACCACGCAGAGGUAUCCUCGGUGCUAUGAUGUUUCUAGCUUGUAUGUUCUCAUACGUGAUACGCACAAAUUUAUCUAUUACUAUCGUUGCUAUGGUAAAUGCGACAAGUAAAUCUGGAAAGAGUGGUCCUGUUUGUAUCGAAACUUCUCUUACAAGUAAUAAGACUGUCGAGCUGAAAGAUUACGGUGAACGUUAUGAAUGGAAUCAACAUAUACAAGGUCUUUUACUUUCUGGAUAUUUCUAUGGUGUUUUGCCAGCUAGCAUACCGGCUGGACUUUUAGCAGAAAAAUACGGUGGUUCCAAAGUUGUAGCAUUCGCCACGUUAAUUCCUGCAGUAUUAAAUCUUCUGAUGCCAUGGGCUUCUAGUAUUCAUUAUGGCUUUGUUUUCGUGCUUCGUUUUAUGAUGGGAUUUUUUGGUGGUGCUGUUUAUCCAGCUCUUCAUGCGAUGAUAGCAAGAUGGGUACCACCUAGCGAGAAGGGAAUGUUUGUUUGGACUAUGCAAGGUGGACCUUUUGGUACAGUUGUAACAUUUUCUUUAUGUGGACAAGUGAUCAGUGCUUUUGGUUGGAAAGCAGCUUACUACGUUACCAGUGGACUUAUGUUAAUUUUUUAUGCACUCUGGGUCUACCUCAUAUAUGACACGCCUGAUGUUCAUCCAGGAAUCACUCCGAAAGAAAAAGCGUAUAUAAAAGAACAAAUAGGGACUACUAUAUCGAAACAAAAGAACCCACUUCCUGUUAAAUCUGUUGCCACGUCUCUACCAUUCUUAGUUUUAUUAUGGUCACAUUUCGCAAAUAUGUGGGGAAUAUAUUUCAUCGCAACCAACGGUCCAAAGUAUACUUUGGAAGUACUUGGAUUCAACAUGAAAUCGGGUGGAUUUCUUACAGGCUUACCUUACAUAGCCAGAUUAGGUGCUGGAGUAUUGUUUGCUGCUUUGGGUGAUUAUAUCAGAAGAAAAAAUAUUUUAACUUUAGGAUGGAUUCGUAACAUAUUUAUGCUCUCUUCACACGUGGGUCCAGCUAUUACGUUACUCGUUAUGACAUAUGCUGGAUGCGACUCAACAACAGCGAUAGUAAUGUUAAUCUUAGCAUUAACUUUCAACGGUGCUGCAUGUCAAACUAAUUUAGUUAAUCAUCAAGAUCUUGCGCCAAACUUUGCCGGUUCUUUAUACGGUGUUAUGAAUACUUUUGGUAGCUUUCCUGGAUUUAUUAUUCCACCAAUUAUCGGCGCUUUAACUAAUGAAAGAAAUGGAAUAGAAGAAUGGCGUAUUAUGUUCUGGAUAUCGGCAGGAGUAUUUAUCUCGGCAACAGUUUUGUUCUGGAUAUUUGGAUCUGCUCAAACACAACCGUGGAACGAUUUGAGCCAUGUCAAACCUACAGAAAUAUCGGAAGAAGAGAAGCAAAUGACUGUAAUGGAAUUACCAAUGAAAGAAUUACAGACUGAGAAUAAUUCUGAGAGUGAACGUCUUUAGGAUGUAUUACGAUUUACAAUCUAGUGUGGAUUAUUAGAUUACAUUUUUAUUAGGGAAAAUAAUUUUAAGUUCUCAUUUUAUAUCUCAUUCUCUGACGUCUGUCAUGAUGCACAAUUUACAUAUACAUAUGUAUAACUUCAUUCAUUAUAAUUCAUAUUUAAUUUACAUUCAUUAUUAAUUAAGUAUUUCAUCUCAAUGAGAAUAUCUUAAUAAGGGAUUUACUUUUACUACCAGAAUUUCGACUUUUAUAUUUUAUCUGACCAAAAAUAUAGAUUUUAUACAUCGAUUUUGAUAUAUAUACAGGAUGUCUCACAUAACUCCAGUCAAGAUUUUUCAAGUACUUGCGAUAACCUGACAAAAAAAUACUUUAAACAAAAGUUGAUUGAUUAUCGCAAGUACUUGAAAAAUCGUGACUAGAGUUAUGUGGGAUACCCUGUAUAUAUAUAACAUUAUAUAUAUAUAAAACUAUAACUAAGUACUAUAAGUAUGCUUAUUUAUAAGUAUUUACAAAGUAAUAUUUUCUUAUUGAUUUACAAGUAAUAAUGAUUUUCGAGCUAUUUAAUGAAUACCAAAAAUGAAAAAUUUUUAAUAUUAUUUUUUACCCAUGCUUUUUUAAUCCAAUAUUAUAUAAAUCGGAGAAUAUUUGUGACCUGUUGCAGAAGUUACUAUACUAUAUAUCUUAUUGACUUGUAUUUUAUAAUUUAACAAUUGCUAGAAAACUUUUCAAAACUGCAUUCUGUAUAUCUUAAAAAAAGAAAACGAUACUAGCAAUAAUGUAUUUUAUAAUAGAUUUGAUGUGUUUAUCAUAAACAAUUGUUAACAAACAUGUGUUAUCAUAAAUAAUCGAAACAUCUGUAAUUUAAUUUUUGCUUGAAUCAUUCUACUUGCAUAUAAUAUAUGUAAUACUCAAGAAAAAACAUGAUGAAAAUUAUAAACAAAAAUCUAAUACUGCCCACAUAAAAUACAAAACUUGUUGUUGCAAUGUACAGUUUCCUCAAUAAUUACAAAAUGUUACUUUACACUAUAAAUUAAAAGAAACGAAGUUGUAACAAUUUAAAUAAUCUAUUGUAACAUUUUCUUAGAUAACUACGAUCGAAUAUAUGAAUGAAAAUACAUCUUAUGUAUAUACAUGAUAAAUUGUAAUAAUUUAUUUAAUAAAUAAGCAUUCCUU